AUGCAGCUCCUGCCCCUGCUAACCUGGGCGCUGCUUCCAGGCUGCGGAGCAGUGAAGGGACCCGGCAGUGUGUGGGGAUUCCUGGGGGGUUCCCUGUCGGUCACCUGCACCUACGAGCCGGACCAGGAAAAGCUGCCGAAAUUCUGGUGCGAACCGGGUAGUGUUUUUUCCUGUAGUGAGGACAUCGUCAUCACCUCGGAGUCGCGUCUCGAGGUGCGGAAGGGCCGGUUCUCCAUCCGAGACAACCGCACACACCGGGCAUUCACGGUGACCGUGGAUGAUCUGUCCAAGGAGGAUGAGGGCACCUUCCGCUGUGGGGUGCGAACGCCAAGUUAUUUGUUUGAUAAGACUGCUGACGUGAAGGUGAUCGUAUACCCAGGCCACACACAGACAGUUUCCCAGGCGGAAAUUGUGCAGUCAACAUCAAACCCCUCCACCCCUCAAGUCUUGAACGUGGUUGAGCACAUCCUCAUUCCAGCUGUCAUUGUGGUUCUUUUUUUGCUUGUAGUGGCUACAGGUAUUCUGGUAAUACUCUCCAGAAAGAAGAAGGCCCUAUCCGGCACAGACAUAGAGAUGGACAGGACUCGCAGCAUGUCACCUACAAAUGCAGAAGCCUUGAACUAUGCGGACAUUAACCACGGCAGGGGCGCGGCUGAGAGCCAGUACAGCAAUGCCUGGGCUGCCCGCCCCCUGGAAACGCCCCCGAUGGAGUACGUAGGGGUCAGGAAGAGUGCUCAGCCUUUGGAAGAGGAAAAAGACGCAUUAUAUGCCAAAGUGCAGAAGCCUGUGCCACAGCAGGAUCAGAUCUACGCCAAUGUGCCAUCAGCUCCACGGCCCAGUGAAGAGCUCUACAGCACAGUGUGGGAGAGAUAAGCGAGCACCCGGCCCCGUGGGCUGCUCCUGCUGCUGGCAGCACCAACGAGACUUGCACAGAGGACGUGGGGUUGAUGUUCUGCUCAGGCAGGAGCUAGCUUGACGGCAGAGCUAUUGCUCUCCAAGGCUUGGAUGUUUCUUUGAAGCAACAUCAGAGAGGAUGAGGUUGUGUGGAGGCACAGAGAAGGUUGAAGAUAAAGUCAUCCCUUUGCAGAUGCAAUUUGGAGUCCUCAUCUGUACAGCAGUGGUGCUGGGAAUAAAUCUCUCCCCCAUGAA